GGGCGGUGCGGGGCCGGUGCCGGUGCCGGUGGCGCCGCCGGCUCGGUGCGGGUGGCGAUGCCGGGCGCGGUGCGUGUCGCGGUGCGGACGCUGUGCCUGGCCGCGCUGCUGGCCGCGCUGGGGGCCGGCGGGACGGAGCUGACGCUGGAGCUGCCCGACAGCGCCCAGCGCUGCUUCCACCAGGAGCUGGAGAGCGGCAUCAAGUUCACCCUCGACUAUCAGGUGAUCAGCGGAGGACACUAUGAUGUGGACUGCUACGUGGAGGACCCCAACAGCAAGACCAUCUACCAGGAGACCAAGAAGCAGUACGACAGCUUCUCGCACCACACUGAGGUCAAGGGUGUCUACACCUUCUGCUUCAGCAACGAGUUCUCCACCUUCUCCCACAAAAUUGUCUACUUCGACUUCCAGGUGGGCGAUGAGCCGCCCAUCCUGCCCGACAUGAACAACCGCGUCACCGCCCUGACACAGAUGGAAUCCGCCUGUGUCACCAUCCAUGAGAUGCUGAACGCGGUGAUUGACUCCCAGACCCACUACCGGCUGCGGGAGGCGCAGGACCGGAGCAGAGCUGAGGAGCUCAAUGGCCGUGUCUCAUACUGGUCAGUGGGGGAAACCCUCAUCCUCUUCGUGGUCAGCAUCGGGCAGGUGAUGCUGCUUAAGAGCUUCUUCACUGAGAAGAGACCCAGCAGCGGCGGAGCUGGCACCUAGAGCUGGUGUGUCUGUGCCCAAGUGGAGCAGGGAAUGGGACGGCUGCGGCCCUGGGGUCGCGCUUUGCCUCUGAUCUGUGCCAUGGGCAGGCGGGGGGUGGGAACAGGGGUGACAUGACACUGCCGAGCUGGGUGGACACGGUCACCCAAGUACAGGUGUCCCCCAGCAUCACCUCCCACUUGCCAUCGCCCAGCCUACCGCCCUGUCCCCUUGCCUGGCCACCCAGUCCCCGUUCUCUGGCUCCACCAGGAAGCGGGUGGGACCAGCACCAGCAUCAACACUGGGGCACCCUCAGAGCCCAACGUGACUGUGAUGACCACACGCUGCCCCUUGAAGCCCUGUGCAGCCGCCAAGGGGAUGGGGCAGCACUGGCCCACCUGGCACCCACCCAGUGCCAUCAGCCUGAGGAGAGCUGCCCGUGGGCUGGGGGUCUCUGUCUGCACCCCAGGUGUCCUGUGGCAGGCAGGGUGCUCCGAGCAGCAGGGCCACAGCAACAGCAGCAUCCAAGAAGGGAAGGUUUUUUGCUGGGUGGUGCUCUGGCUCUACCAGCUCCUCUCCUCGCAGCAUUUUUCAGGCUGGCAAGUGGUGUGCCCAUUCCAGGUGGUAUUUUCAUACUCACACGAGUCCAUGCCUGAGACUCAGCCCCCCCACACAUUCCCCCCACCCUGCGGACACGUGCCAAGGAAGCCCCAUCCCUGCCCUGGAAGCAUGGAGGACCCACACACACCUGGGACUGCAGCCCCUCAUUCCCUGGAGCCCCACAAAAUGGAGACACUCACAAGACCCUGGAGUGACCAGUGUGCUGGCCCUCCAGCCCUCAAGCAGACAUGAGAUCAUUUUUCAGAGCUGAAUCAACUCCACCAGACUUUUCCUUUGCCACUUUCAAAUAAAUCCCUGCAAGCAUG